AUGUACUUCCACAAGAUAUGUGAGUUCAUUGCAAAAAGAGCACCGCAAGAAAUUCGGAAUAACAGAAGUGUUCCAAAAAUUCCAGAUAAACGUGCUUACGAACUAGCCGCAAGAUUUGUUGCACAGUUCUUAGAAAAGCAUAAUAUGACAAAUUCAAGAUUUAUUGCAGGAUUUGAAACAGCAGGAUUCAUUCCAAAACGCGAAAUCAUCUCCCCAUAUCCAAUUUUACAAAUAAAAGAGAACAGAAGUAUUGUCCCACAACUUCUAAAUUGCAGGAAGUUAAGAAUUGCAAGAGUUGCCAAAGAAAGAUCUUUAAUUAUCAAUAAAGGCAGUGAAAUGUCAGAAACACCACGUCGUCCUGCUUCUAAAGGCUUGUUAGAAAUGCUUGAAAAAGAAGAUAGAGAGCAAAGACACAGACGUAAAUCAGAAUCCACAACCGAAGGAAAGCAUCACAGACAUCAUCAUCACGAUCGAAAGAAGAUUUCCCCUGAUGAUGUUUCAAUUAACUCCGCUAAUUUACCAUACUUUGCUCCAGAAGAAUAUCGCCAAUUUGGAAUUGAUCCAAAUGACCCACAAGCUUCAUAUAAACUACUUUUCCAAUUCAAGUUGUUCUUAAAUGCAAAGAAACAUCAAAAAGAAAACCCUCCAACUCCAAAAGAACCAGUUUAUAUUAUGCCACCGCCUCCACAAGAAGUUCAACAACCUUUGCCACCACCAUUACCAGUUCCACCUAAAGAACCAUCUGUUGUUUAUUCAGAAUCAAGCAGAUCUUCAAAGUAUUCGAUCAAAUCUUCAUCUGCUGCUCCAGUUUCUUCUACUUACUCAUCCUUAGCUCCAACAUCUAAUUAUACAAAGUCAAUUGGUCCUAAAUCAUCAGGAGCUCUUAAAUCUGGUUCAUUUUCAAACACUGAAGAAGAAGAGGAGGAAGAGGAAGAAGACUUUGGCGAGGAAGAGGAGGAAGAAGAGGACUUCGGUGAGGAGGAAGAAAUGUGA